AUGAGCCACAACCCCCGUGACGUGGGGCUGAGCCACACCGGCACUGGCAUGCACCCGCCUGCCCGCGAUGCACCCGGGGCCCUGCAGCUGGAUCAGUCCCCUGCACUGGCAGCCCCCGCCGGCGGUGCUGCCUUACGCCAGGCAGGAUCCGGCUCUGCCCGUACUCCCGGUGACAGGGUUAAACCCCGACCUGGUGGCGCAGGUGGUACCUGGGAGGUGCUCGCUCCAUUAAUUCUGGCAUGUGAGGAGAGCAGGACCAGGAAGAGAUUAGAUAUUAACCUGGCCAGCGCCUCUCACCCGGUGGGCACCCGUCUCUGGGGGCUCCCAGGGCCGGAUCCCACCCCGGGGCCCUUCGCCAGGGCUGGAGGGGCCACGGGGCAGGGGGACUCUGCCGGGAAGGGCAGCGUUUGGCAGGAGCUCCGGCCCCGCUUGCGGCAGGCCAGGACCGCUGCCGGCCCCCCCUCGCCGACCGGCGCUUAUUUACUUGGAGAGGGAGGUGGAAAUGUGCUGACCGCGUCCGCCGGCGGCGAGGGGCUCCGGUCUGGACAGAACCGGCUUGGGUGGAAAACAGCUCCCCAGCCCGAGCCUGAGCAGCGGCGGGGAGGCAGCUGGGAGGGUGAGCGGGGGGCCCCCCUGGCCCUAGCAGUGGGGCUGCACCUUCCUCGCUGCCUCCUCUUCCCCGUGCCUACUCCGCACUCCCUGGGGCCACAGGAGGGGGGACAGGGACCCCCGUGCUGUGCCAUGUUCAUGCUGUGCCGUGCCGUGCCAGGCUGCAGCCGCCUGCGUGCCAGCGGCCGGCAGCGCCAGACACGGGACCUGCACUGGGGUCCCUGGACACCCCGCUCGGCACCCACACCACAGUGCAGGAUGGGUGCUGCGGCUGUGCCGCCGGCAGCCACCUGCAUGCUGCUGGUCCUGCUCCCUGCGGCCAGCGGACAGACCACCCCUCCCUCAGGCUGCGGCAAGGACCUCUCCUCCCUCUACUACAACCUCUGCGACCUCUCCGCGGCCUGGGGCAUUGUGCUGGAGGCCGUGGCCAGCCUCGGCGGGGUGACCAGCUUCGGGCUCCUGGUGGCCAGCCUGCCCUCUUCGUGCAACCCCCAGAAGAAGAGCCUGGUGGCCACGCAGGUCGUCUUCCUUCUGGGCACCUUUGGGCUCUUCUGCCUAACGUUCGACUUCAUCGUGGGGCCGGAUUUCUCCACCUGCGCCUCCCGCCGCUUCCUCUUUGGCGUUCUCUUCGGCAUCUGCUUCGCCUGUCUGCUGGCACACGCCGUGGCCCUCAACUUCUUGGCGCGGAGGAACCGGGGCCCGCGGGGCUGGGUGACGCUGGCGGUGGCCCUGCUCCUCGCUUUGGUGGAGGUCAUCAUCAACGCCGAGUGGCUCAUCAUCACAGUGGCACGGCGGGAGGGUGGCUCCCCGGACCCUUGCCAGCUGGCGGACGCUGACUUUGUCAUGGCGCUCAUCUACGUCAUGUUCCUGCUGGUGGCCGCCUUUGGCACCGCCUGGCCGGCCCUCUGCGGCCGCUACGGCCGCUGGCGCAAGCACAGCAUCUUCAUCCUGGCCACCACUGGCCUCUCCAUGGCCAUCUGGGUGGCGUGGACGUCCAUGUACCUCUACGGGAACCAGCACGCGGGCGAGAAGCCUGGCUGGGACGACCCCACGCUGGCCAUCGCGCUGGUCUCCAACGCCUGCGCCUUCCUCCUCCUCUACGUCAUCCCCGAGGUGACGCACGUGACGCGGCGGGGCCCCGAGCAGGCCUUCGAGGACAACGUCUACCCCACGCGCGGGGUGGGCUACGAGACCAUCCUCAAGGAGCAGAAGUCGCAGAGCAUGUUUGUGGAGAACAAAGCCUUCUCCAUGGACGAGCCCUCCUUCGCCAAGAAGCCGGUGUCCCCGUACAGCGGCUACAAUGGGCAGCUGCUGACCAGCGUCUACCAGCCCACCGAGAUGGCUCUGAUGCACAAGGGGCCGACCGAAGGUCCCUAUGAUGUGAUCCUGCCCCGCGCCUCCACCACCAGCCCGGCGGCUGGCAGUGCCAGCUCCACGCUGCGAGCCGAGGACGCCUUUGCGGCACAGGCCCGGCACGCCGGCGCCCAGCGGGACAGCAGGAGCUGCCAGGUGCAGUCCCCAUAUGGCAGGAACCGGUGGUGAAGCCUCCGCAGCAUGGGUCCCACAGCACUGGCACAGCCGUGGCCCCGUCGUCCCGCUCCUGAGGUCUCGCCAAGCCUCAUCCCGCCCUGCCGCCUAUAUCCCACCCCGUCCGGCGGCCGGAGCUGGUUUCUGCGCAGGGGACACCCGGACACGGUCCCGGAGCCAGCGCUCCUGCCUGCCCGUCCCGCCUGGCCACGGCACCCGCAAGCUGCCAGCUCUGCCCAAACCCUCGCGUCCCUGCUGCCGUCCCUGCCGCAAGGACCAGCUCCCGCGGGGCCACCCUGAGUCACCCCCUCGCUGCCAUCGUGACACACGGACACCCCGUCCCCUCUGGGCCAGGGACCAUCCGCCUCCGAGAAGCUGGGGAGCCGGUGGGACUCCUGCCCAGGCUCCCCCUGACGCUGAGCCCCCAGUUCCACGCUGACCCUCGCCAGCCCCAGGGACAUCAUGGGCCCUGAGCCGAGCCAGCACCAUCCCACCGCAGGGCUCAAGGUGACACAAAGCUCUCCCCAGC